GUUGGAUGAAAGCUGCCUGGCUUUCCUUUCCUUUCUACAAACUUCCCUCUUAAAACUCACUCAGGGUUAAGGCAGGAGGUCUUUAAUCUAGAGGAAAAUGACACAUUAAAACCAGAAAGAAAAAAAGACAGCCCACCUCAUCACUUCUGGCACAGGAUGAAGACAAACCGGACUCUUCAGCCAGUGAUUAUUGUCUAUUGUUCCCUGAACAGUAAACUACUAUUUAACGCUGAUAAUGUUUGGCUGGAGUUAUAGCUAAGUAAGUAACCAGCUCCUCAUGAAUAUGAAGUGAAAGUCUGACCCAGAAAAGAAAGUCACAGGUAGAAAGAAAGAGAGACAGAGAGAGAGAGAGAGAGAGAGAGAGAGAGAGAGAGACAGAGAGAGACAGAGAGAGAGAGGAGAGAGACAGAGAGAGAGAGAGAAAAAAAAAAAGGAAAGAAAAAAGAAAGUAAGAAAGAAAGAGAGAGAGAGAAAAGAAAAAAAGGGAAAAGUGGGAAAGAAGCCUUCAAAUCCUUCUUGAUACUCGAGUUCUACAGACUACCAGACUGCACUACCCACACCAAGAUGGGGGCUCGGAGAUGCAGUGGCUGCCUCAGUUGUCUGAUAAUUCCCCUUGCACUUUGGAGCAUUAUUGUUAAUAUCUUGCUAUAUUUUCCAAAUGGACAGACUUCAUAUGCAUCCAGCCACAAACUCACCAAUUAUGUAUGGUAUUUUGAAGGAAUCUGUUUCUCAGGCAUCAUGAUGCUUAUAGUAGCUGCAGCUCUCCUAAUAUUGGAGAGGAACACACCCUAUAAAUGCUGUCAGAGUGAGAACUGCAGCAAAAAAUAUAUGAGUUUACUCUCCAUUAUCUUUUCUGUCCUUGGAAUUGCUUUCUCCGGAUAUUGCUUGGUGAUAUCAGCAUUGGGAUUAGUGCAAGGACCCUACUGCCGUACCCUCAAUGGCUGGGAAUAUGUCUUUGAAGAUACCACAGGGAGUUUCCUCAGUGAUCCUAGCACAUGGAGUCAGUGUCUGGAGCCUGCUCAUGUAGUCGAAUGGAAUAUUAUUUUAUUUUCUAUUCUUAUAACGCUCAGUGGUCUCCAGGUGAUCAUCUCUCUCAUCAAAGUGAUCAUUGAACUCAGCAAGAUCCUGUGCACAACCUACUCAGUCAUAAUACAGCCUGGAAUCAUUUGAAAGAGGAAAAAAGAGUUCUUUUCGUGAGCUCCUGACCUGACCAUCAACCUUACUUGUAUAGACUUGUGGAUACAAAAACAUUCAAAUGAUGUGAUUUCUUGAUGAUGCUCCUCAUUCUUCCUCAGAGCCAUUCCCUUUAUUGCAGGUCCAAACUUCAGUAAGAUUAUUAAUCAAUUAGUCAACAAUCAUUUAUUAUGCAGAUUCUGUGUUCCAGACACUAUAUUAGGCACCACGUAAUGGGCUAAUUGUAAGCUCAUACAUCUAGAGUUGAAAAGCUCAAUAGCCUUUUAGUACAAGGCUUAGGGAACUUAAUUCAUUCAUGUAAUGAGUGUUAGACACAGUAUUUGAACCCAGACCUCCUAAUUCCAGACCAAUGAUAUUUCCAGUGUACUAUGAUGCUUCCCUUGAUCAUUCUGCCCUUCCAUUUUAUUCUGGUCCUUCCCAACUCUAGAGGCAGAAGGGAAGCAAAAAAUAAGUGAUCUCUGCAAUAUAUCACAAUAAAAAUUUUAAAAGUUUUUUUAAA